UGAGGAAUCCAUUGAGGCUGUGAACUCCAAGUGUGCCUCACUGGAGAAGACCAAGCAGAGGCUGCAGGGUGAGGUGGAGGACCUCAUGAUUGAUGUGGAGAGAGCUAAUUCUCGAGCACGAGGAGGCCAAGAUCCUUCGUGUUCAGCUUGAGCUAAACCAGGUAAAAGGUGAGAUUGACAGGAAGCUGUCAGAGAAGGACGAGGAGAUGGAGCAGAUCAAGAGGAACAGCCAGAGGGUGAUUGACUCCAUGCAGAGCACUCUGGAUGCUGAGGUCAGGAGCAGGAAUGAUGCCCUGAGAGUCAAGAAGAAGAUGGAGGGAGACCUGAAUGAGAUGGAGAUUCAGCUGAGCCAUGCCAACAGACAGGCUGCUGAGGCCCAGAAACAACUGAGGAAUGUCCAAGGACAGCUCAAGGAUGCUCAGCUGCACCUGGAUGAUGCAGUCAGAGGACAGGAAGACAUGAAGGAGCAGGUCGCCAUGGUGGAGCGCAGAAAUGGUCUGAUGGUGGCUGAGAUUGAGGAGCUGAGAGCUGCUCUGGAGCAGACAGAGAGAGGACGCAAAGUGGCUGAGCAGGAGUUGGUUGAUGCUAGCGAGCGUGUUGGACUGCUUCACUCUCAGAACACCAGUCUUUUGAACACCAAGAAGAAGCUGGAGGCUGACCUUGUCCAGGUUCAGGGUGAGGUGGAUGAUGCCGUUCAGGAAGCAAGAAAUGCUGAGGAGAAGGCCAAAAAGGCUAUCACUGAUGCUGCCAUGAUGGCUGAGGAGCUGAAGAAGGAGCAGGACACCAGUGCUCACCUGGAGAGGAUGAAGAAGAACCUGGAGGUCACAGUCAAGGACCUGCAGCACCGUCUGGAUGAGGCAGAGAACCUCGCCAUGAAGGGUGGCAAGAAGCAGCUCCAGAAACUGGAGUCCAGGGUCCGUGAACUGGAAGCUGAAGUUGAAGCUGAGCAGAGACGUGGAGCUGAUGCUGUUAAAGGAGUCCGCAAAUAUGAGAGGAGAGUGAAGGAGCUCACCUACCAGACUGAGGAGGACAAGAAGAAUUUGGUCAGACUUCAGGAUCUGGUGGACAAGCUACAGCUCAAAGUCAAGGCUUACAAGAGACAGGCUGAGGAGGCUGAAGAACAGGCCAACACCCACAUGUCCAGACUGAGAAAGGUCCAACAUGAGAUGGAGGAAGCUCAGGAGCGUGCUGACAUUGCUGAAUCUCAGGUCAACAAACUGAGAGCCAAGAGCCGUGAUGCUGGAAAGGGUGAAAGUGCUGAGUAAGAGACAUCUAUUUGGAACCUUUUGUCAGCGUUCAUAAAAUAUGAAACAGCUGCUAAAUUGUCUGUUUGCAAUGUAUUAAUUCAAUAAACUCUUUCCUGUGACUUCA